AUGUUAACCAUCCAUCAAAUACCAUUUCUUGCUCUCUUGCUAUCCGCGACCGCCUGGUCUUACCCGCGCGUUCAUCUUGACCAGGCGAGCAACCCAAUCCUUGGGAGCAACGACCCCCGUCCUAUUGCUGAAGACGGGAUUACUAAUACUCUUGGGAAAAGGACAACAUCAAAUCCAGGCGAAGCCGAUGAUGAUGGUGCUAAGACGCAGUUACUCAAAUUUGGCCCGACAGUCGAUGGUGCUUCUCUAAAAGCUGACAUCGCCGCCAACCCAAAACUUACGCAGGAAACAAAUCUCACAAAGGGAGCUGAGACAUCCCACAAGCCAGACGCAAAUGACAACAAUAAGACGGAAAAAAUCGAAGAAAAGAUCAAAAAACAGGAAUUGAAGAUAGAACAGCUAAAGAAGAAACUAAAGAAGGAAGAAGAAAGAUUGGUCAAAUUGCAACAGCAGGACGGGAAGAAGGGCACUAACGACGAAAGCAAGCUUUUGAGCUCACCCAUCAAAAGCCAAGCAACAGGGAAGCCCAACCCCACAGUAACCAAAAAGAAAGCAACCCCUGUCGUUGACCUCCCCAGCUUGAAGUAG